GUUUUAUCGGACAAUAUUUCGUUCGAAUUUCGAAUUUUUUUAACGCCGAGCAAUCGAUCACCGUAUGGAACUUCGGUUUCAGUUAAGAAUUUCGUUGAAAAGCUUUCCUUGGACAAGUCAGGAGCUUAAUAAUUGAUGUGUGAAAAGGACUGGAAAAGUUGUAAUUGGGGAGCGGUUCGAUUGAUUCAACUUCAACGUGAUUGCUGAUUCAGCGCGCGAUUUUUGUUUUUUCGGAAGAAGGAAAUUUUGGUUGAAAGACAACUUUUUGGGGAUCACAGGAUUGUUAGCCCUUUGCUUGUGGUUGUUCUCAACCAGAAUGGAUUUCUUUAAAAUCUAUGCGCGUUGAGGAACGAAGAGUGAUCGUUGAAUUUCACAGGUAAGUCUGUAGAUGCGAGAUAUGAAAAUAUUUUUUCGCGAAGGACUCUCUCUUAAGAGAAGUUUUUGAAUUUGGCGGUCUAUCUUGUCUGCUCGGGCUCCAGAUCGCUCGGAAACUUAGUGAAGAUAAACCAAAGGGUUGAAGUAUUCACUGAGCGGCCAUGAGAUGUGAGAGAUCUCCUUGUAGACUCAAGGUGCUUCCCAAGAGCUGAAUACUGUCAAAACACCCUUGUGGUUUAUUUUUGCUAAAAUGUUAAUGAGCGAGCUCUGUGACAGCAGCUUGUGCGCACUGUUUGCAAAGUUUAUAACGUAAUAUAUGUUUCUAUUAGGAAAGGUUAUGGUUUGUUGGAAAAGGAUACCCGUUGUGCAUGUGAGAAUCUGUCUUUAAUUUACCUUGACUACUUGCGCGGUAUUUUACAUCUUUCAUGGUGUCAGCUGCGAAAGUGCGAUCUCGAAGGAGGUUUUGCUGUUUGAGAAAAUCUAUAACUCUGUUCUAGUCCUAAAUCUGUUGAUAAGUGUGGGGCGAAGUUUAGAAUUGUCCUGAAAACCUUCUUGAAAGCUUUUUGCAGCCUUCUUCGUCGUUUUGAGAAGAGGGUUUCAGAGAAACUAUGCCUGAUAGAGAUUUUGACGCGCGGCGAACUGUAGAUUUUAAGUCGCCAAGGACAGCCUUACGAAGGGAAAUUACCUGGUGUUAUUGUCUGUGUUGUCGAUCUUCCAGGUCUCAACUGUUUGAAAUCAAUAUUCUUUAAGAUUUUGAAUAAUUUUGGGCGGAAAUGUGGUAGAAGAAAGCAAGAUCCUGAUGUUAUCGGUUGGUUAACGUCCAUUCGUUGCGCAACCGUAACUCGCUUUGUAUGAAAGGUCCGAAAGUCUUGAAUUGUUGGCGGUCCUCCCGACAUACAGUGUCGCUUAUAAUCAUUGUUCAUUGUAUGGACGCCUCAAAUCCGAAAAGUACGUCUCGCUAUAUACUUUCAGUUUCGGUGAAUUUCAACCUAAAAUGCGAUGAGAGACAAAGUAUGAAACUUUGGAACCUCGUUCCAUGAGUACGAAAGCGUCGAUGUUGGCCCGCCAUGUUUAUAAUUUCAUUCAUUUGAAUUUUCGCCAUAGCUGCCUUGUCUACCUUGAUAUUUCCUGUAUGAGACCGGUUUUGGGUUCAGAUUAGCUUUUAAGUCCAGUUUAGUUGUUUAGAGUAAAUGCCUACUUCGUUAGUGAGAAAGAUAAAGUUUUAUCUGUAUUGCUCUUGCUAGUUCUGUAGCCGUCUUUCUAGAAAUCAAUGACUAUUGGGCUGAAGUAGCCGACAGUUCGGUGCGUGCGGCUGGCUUCUUGUUUAUUAUCCUGUCGCCUUCUCAGAGUAGAAUGAAAAGAUAAGUCGUUCUCAAAUCUUUAGAUUAGAUUUCCUCAGUGUCUGUAGAUUGUAACAGUUCAUAAGAGUCGUAGAUGGGUUUCCAUAAAGACAAUUCGUUAAGCCAUUUUGCGCGGCGAGCGGAUUUCAGCUUAUAGACGACCUCUUGACAUGGCUAUGCGAAAAAAAGUAUUCGAUUGCGAUGUCGUGAGCAUUUUCUGAAAGUGUUCUUGUUCUACUGCAAGUGCUUUUCUAUGAAUUUGUUACAUUGUCUGCGAUAUGUAGCAUGUUUUAAAAAUGCUAAUAUGUACACUUAUUAUAUUCUGUUAUUAAUUCCACAAGUAUUAAGCGAGGAACGAAAUUACACGGUCCAUUAAGUUGGUUUAUCUUGGCCUCUUCUGUAGACGACGAUUGCGCCAAAAUACUGCGUGUUUUGAUGUCACUCAACCAUGUGGUUGCUUCCAACCCAAGAUGCAGUCUCAGAAUUGUACUCAGUGCUCGAGGCAAUGAUAAAACAAAUUAAUGGCAGAAGAUUAAAUGUCAUUUCUUGUUCAACAUUACAUCACUUGUAGUUUUGCCUUCACCGAUCCAGUUUUUCUAAAGAACUCAAGUGGACUUGUCAGUUUAUUGUUAAGAACGGUCAGUUUAUUUUUCCAAAUAAGAUAAACCUAAUAAUCUUGGCAGAGAAAUUAUUUUACUUGAAAGAAAUGAAUGCAAGAUCAACAUCAUUCAGAAGACCAAAGAGUGACUUGCUUACUUUUUGCCUUAUGAUUGUGCUCAGCAAAGUGUAUCAAACCAGGCCACUGUUGUUCAAAGGUUGGUGAAUGCUAUUCACUGGGUAAAUUGCUAUCCGGUGGAUAGCACAGUACAUUUCUUAAAAGUUAUCCACUAGAUAGUGAUUUAUCUGUUGGAUAGCAUUAUCUAUUCUUUGAACAACUGGGCGCAAGAACGUUCCAACCUAACAAUAGAAAACUAUUUUCAACUCUGAUAUUGGUAGUUGAUUUUUGAUCUCAGACAUUUUUUUUUUUAAUCCAAGUAAUAUUUUCAUCGCAAAAUAUCUUUGUAGAAAGUUUUUGAGGUGAUUAAAAGCAAUAAUAUUUGGUUCUGAAAUUGCGGCAAACUUCAAAGUAGAUGGGUGUUCUUAAAAAAGCCAUGUAGGUUUAAGAAUGUUCAUAGUGGUUAGAGAAGGGAUUUAUAUGUAGCAAGACAAAUCAAUUAGUGAUUAAUUAAUUGUCUAAUGAUGCUUUAAAUAUUUUUAUGGCUUCAAAAUUGUAAUUGAAUUAUCAGAGUCAGCUUUUGAUAGUGUCCAGGAAAUUUCAAAUGAUCCACUAACUGGACUGUAAUCCCAUUUUGAAUUAUGUUUUAGGUAUUGUCGGACAGAUCUAUUAGAAAAACAAACAAAUGUCACUUGAAUUGUUUACUUGACAGAUUAGUGUGGACUUGAUUAACAGUAAUUGAUUACUGAAAUAGUAGCUGUAUUGAAUUCUUAAUGCCAUUUGCAGUUUUAUUCAAUGAUAUUAAUUCAUUUUCAGUUCUGAAUUGUAAAUUAAAUAGAUCAGAGGUCUAAUUUAAUAAUAGUGGAGUGGUUUUAAUCCACGUACAAAAACAGCUGUGAACACACGUUUCACUCACUCCACAAAAAAUCACUUUCACUCCAUUUACAAGGUUUGUAAUUAAGAAAUGAAUUCACAAGAGAUUGGAUAAUGUAACAGGAGAACGUACUAACAAACAACUCCAUUUCUGAAUUAAAGUAGCUCAGAUCCAGAAUUCCCAGAUCAUGGAUGCUUUCAUUAAUAUUGUAAUAAGAGUUGGAUGCUGCGAAAGUUUCCUGUUUACUUUCGUCAUGUUACUUUCAAAAGUUAAAAAAAAAUUAUUUGCAAUUAAAUGGGGAAGUUAGAUGUACCUCCUUUCAGACAUUUAAACCCCCAAAGAAGGAAACAAAAUAUAACUUAAGGGUUAACAAUUCACUAUAUAACACUCAACAUCAACCUCUAUCUCUUGUUAAAGAGUUGGAUUCAAACUUAAAAAGUCUCUUGAAAGCUGUUUGAGUGAACUUACAUUAUAAUGCCUGGAAGACAACUGUUUAAUCAAUUUGAAGUUGACAAAUAAGGAAAUAUCCUCUAUCAAGCUUGAUGUUAAUUAACAUCUCUUUGUUAGGCAAUGUGGCACAUUUUGUGGGUUGAAGUGAAGAUUUUGGUGGGGUAAAAUGUAUUUUAGCCUAUUUUUUUACCCUGUUUUGUUUUUUAUUUUCAGUUUUAAUUUUCUCAAUGCCCUCCAAAGAAAUAAUAGUAGUAAUACAGGCUAUGUUCUUGGGCUUUAAUUUGAUUUUGGCCCUUCUUAGAUAUCAUUUGAUAACAAGUGCCAUUGGGAACUUUCUGUAACUUUUUAUUUAUUUGUCUUCCAGAGUAUUGUGUAUGAUAUAUGUCCAACUAAUAAUUUUUAGAACUGGUAAAGUGAUGUCCUGUUUCAAGAGUGAAUCCUUUACUGAACAAGUCUUUUUUACAGUUACUUGUUCAUGUGCAUCCAAGAGAGGUUUUUGUUUCAAUUAAGAAAAGAAGGUGAAAGACAGAACAAGAAAUAAAAGAGAAAUGCAGAGUUACACAGUGGACAUGACCUGAACCAUUUUGUUAAUUAACCAAGCAUUUUAAAAACAGUUUUGUAUUUCUGAGCAGUACCAUUGAUACUGAUAAUAUGUUUAAAUAUCAGAACAGUGGGUGGUUGUAGGAAACAAUUAGUUGUUGGUUUAAAUGACUGCUGUCAGGGAAACAGUGACAAAAAUUAACCGUUCAGAACCCUUUGAGAACUGGUGUCAAGAGUUGAGGUUUGAAAUAUUUUGAACCCUUCUUGAUGUUGAUCAAUCAAAAAGGAUAAAGGAUCAGAAAUGUCUGAUGUGUGACUCCAGAAUGCAAGCUAAUGCUGAAUCUAUGUCUGUAAAAUCAAAAGAAAGUCAAUAAAAACCUGCAUGAGGCCAAGCUUUUAUUUGACAGUCAGAUUUACAUGUUUUGUGAUAAAUGCAAUAAAUGGCCUGUUUAAUUAUUGUUUUGGAUUGAAAGUGUUUGUCCAUUUUGGCAGUCUCAACAGGAGUUUCAAAUCAACUUCCUAGUUGAUUAUUUAUGAAGAAUCAUAGCAUUUUUUUAAGAAUUUUAUUUAUAACCAAACAUUUUCUACUCAGAAGUCUUUUCUGUAAUUCAAAGUACACAAGAAUUAGUCAUACUGUAAGUUAUAUAGGUAAUUUCCUGUAGACAACAUUCUGGAAAGUAGUUUAAAAUGGCAAAAAUGUGAUUAAAAAAAUCAUAUCUGUUCACAACUGCAAAGCAAUUCAGUUAGCUGUUGUAUGUGUGUUAAUUUUGUUUUAGGUUAAUUAAAUAGUCAUUGGUUGAAAUCUAGAUUUAUAAUUCAUGUGUUUCAUUCACUUGUUGGUCACAGAGCAGGGAAAAAUACUUUGUGGAAGUGGAUAUUCUUUUCUUUCUAUUUACUCAGGUAACAAAAGAAAUUCAUUUUUUCAUUUCAGACAAGCAUUGUUCAUAAGUCUUCUCUUGUCAUAACUGCGUGAAUUAAAUCGUUUUAUGACCAAGUAAAUACCACAAAAAAGUUAAAAUUUCAUCACUAUUAAACACUUUUAUACCUUGUGGUUGAUAUCCUGAAAGGUCGUGUGUGAAAUUGAGUAGUUUUUUUGUGAGGUGUGGCUCAACAUUUUAGCGCGGAUGGGGCAAAAUUUAUAGUGUGACAAGAGGUUCUUCCUACCCCGAAAACUUAGCACAAUUUUCUACAUCAGUCUGCAAAAGGUAGUUUUUCAUUAAUGUUUAACAUUUCAUUCAUGGUUGUGAACAUUAAAAUUUAUGUUGUAGUAAUCCUUUGCACUCAAGGUGUGCCCCUGUAUAUAGUUGAUGGAAAAAUGCAGGCCUUGGAAUUCAUAAAAGUUAGUCUUGAAUUGUUCAAUUUUUAGCUUGUAUCCAAUCAUGCUUAGAUCGUAUUUUUUAAAAUAGCAGUAGAACUACCUGAAAAUAAUAUUUUUUCUAAUGAACCUUUAGUUUUACAAAGUUGUUCAUAAUACUACUCUGUAGAGAUUUCCAUUAUUAAUUUGUGAAGCUGCUUUGAGGAAUUAAUUUAUUGAGCUUAAUGUUAUACAGAAAUCUGUCAUUUUCAUUUCUAACCUACAUGUGUGUGUGAGUGAAAUUAUUUCUCAAGUCUUUUAUUUUUCUCGGUAGUAAGGCUUUGUGUGCUGAUAGUCUUAAAUUUAGCCUUGAGAGUUAGGUUAAAAACAUGAAGUGGAAAUCAAAUACAUUGCAUUGUACCCAGCAUGUCACUAUUUGUGACGUUAAACUGGAUUUGUAUCAGUCCAGGGGGUCUCUGUGCAAGCAGAAGAAAGAAAAUGCCUACAACAAUCAUCUUAAGUUACAUAAACCAUUUAUUGGAGAAAAAAGGGCAAACAUUUAUUGCUGUAGUCUUUGUAUUUUUGUUUCAAUUUUAACAUCUGGCAGAAAAGAUAACAUAACCCAACUUUAAAGUGUACAGUACUUGACAAAUUGUUUUGCUCAAAAGUCAGUCUUACAAUUUGCUUUUUGGUCUGUUAUGUUGCAUAUAAUUUACCCCUAAGAAUUGUCACCAGUUGAGAGUCAAAAAAGCGUCAUUUUACUAUGAGAUACUUUUCACAGCAUAAUUUUUAUAGCAUGGUGUGUUCUUGGUUUACCCAUGUGUGCGAUUCUGAUGAUGCUUAAUUUUACUUGUCACAAAUGAAUGACACCAAUUAGUGUAAAGUACUUCCUUUGAGGCCCUUCUACUCUUGACUGAUAUUGUUGUGGUAGAAUUAUUUGCUCCUAUGUAUUCACAUACCUUCAACCCUUCACAGUAUUCAUAUGUUUUUCCUUUUUUUGUGUGUGCCCAGUUGAACAGGUAGUGUCCUUGCCCGCAGUAGUUUUAUUCACAUUUUGAUGAUGACAGAUAUGUUCAUGGUUAAUUUUGAAACCUGCCAUUCAAAGGAAUUGAUUAGCGGCAGGAUUAUGCUCUCUCUCCAUGCGCCAUUAGUUUUUAUGGUGCACGUGGGCUAGACAUGCCAUUAGGGAAAUUAUUUUUGAUAUAAGUGUAUCAGUUGUAACCGAUGAAAUCUUAUGAUAGUAGUGGUUUAGAAUCUUACCAAUUUGUUGUUAAUAUUUCCCUUUUUUUCCAUUGAGUUUGUCUUUUAAAAUGAAAUCAAAAUCCAAUUAAUUAUUUCAUUAGCUGUUGUGGAUGUCAUAACAAAGUAAUGUUAAGGCUUUAAACUUUGAACCAAAAUGAAGAAAAGGAAGAAAAAACAGACAUUGAAAGCAUUUUAGCCAUAACAAAUGCAUGUGCUUUUGACACAGGUUUCUGCAUUUGUUUUGUUCCAAUAUUUUUGGUGUUAAAAUUGCCAGCAUAUGAAUCAGGAGUGUUUCUCUUUGUGCAGCUAGGAUGUCAUGCUGGAGUAGGUGAUGGACAUUCCUCCUGGGGGUGCAACUACUGAUAGAGGUCAGUGUAUAUCUAAAAUAUUUAAACUCCAGCACAGAGUCAAGUAUGGUAACAAGAUUUACUGUUGAUAAAGAAGCCACCUGGAAGCUUGUACAUCUUAAAAAAUUUAGAAUGAAUUUUCCUGUUUUCUCCAUCCUCAGUCUUCCUUGUGUUACCUUGAUUUACUGUUUCCUCUUUUGUUUUUUUCCUCGUUGAAGAAUUAUUUGACAACUCUUGUGUGUUGAAAGUAGUUUCAUACAGUACAAAAAAAAAAAUGAGGACAAAGUUGGAUGUGCAUGUUGCAUCUUCAAGGGAACAUCUAUAAGAGCAUUCCAAAACAAUUAUCUUCCAGGCAGGGAAAAUGGAGGUUAAUUGCUAUUUUUGAGGCUCUUGUUACAGAUCUUUUGCCUCUGUAGUUUAGUUUAAAAUGUUAAGACAGCUUUCCAUGGGCUGUGCUUUGGCAGAACCCACGUGCCAGAGAUGACAAACUGCGUGUAACUUAAAUAGCUGCGAUUAAAUGAAAUGUCUUUAGAGCUGGGCAUCUCAGAAUUCUGAGACAGGCUUGCUAGUACUCGGUAAUUCUCUAAAGAACACAACUUUUCUUUCAAGUUGUUCCAUUAAUGUCAGAGCUUGUCAGGAUUAGUUUGAAUAACAUUCUUGUUGUGGUUACCUUCACCAUCUCAGAAACGUCUGUCCUUUGUACUGACUGAUUCUCUUGGCUUUUUUACUACUUCUGUGAUGUUGCUAUGUUACUUGGUGGUAUUUUUUGCAGUUCUAAUGUUACUUGUUCACUUUUUCUCUCUGUUAUUCCUUAAAGACGGCAAUGGAGAUCAGACAUCCAGAGUAGCUUCUGACAUGAAUUACAUUGCUGGAAACACAGAAGACCAACCGGUAGAUGAGGUGGAUUUUGCUGGAGUUCAAACAUUCUAUGGCAAGAUCCCAACUACGUUUCGUGACCCGAGCUCUGCACCCCUAAGAAAGCUCAGUGUGGACUUGAUCAAAACUUACAAGCACAUUAACGAGGUAACGUGGAAUGUCCAAUGACUUAAUUCUUAACGUGAUUGUUAAUUCUCCCCUCUAGCUGCUAAACAUUUGGUGUUAGAUCAAGAUAGCAACUUCUAUGUGAUAACUUUGAGUAUUCUCGUCACCUGUUUGCUGGAUAAGUUAUCAACAUUGUAGGGAGAAGUUACAUGUUGAUCACUUCUGGGAAUCACAGGGUUAAUCCACAGUUAAAUGAACCUUUUCCACCUUGAGCCUAACUUUAAAUCUGGGGUUUUCUCUUAGUGAGUUGGGAUUUGAAUGCAGCAAGACAGAAGCUAUUUUAAUGUAUUACAGGAAGCAGAUACUCUGCUUACUUCAGAUGACCAAAUUUUUUUUCAAUCAAUACUUUCUCAUUAAAUCAAACAAAAAUUAACUAGCCUUGUAAUCAUGUGUAUAGCUCUUCUGAUAAGGAGAAAAAAACAGUUGAGCAUUUACUUCGAAAGAUACACUUUGAUACAGUGUAAGUGUGUACACUCUCUAGAUUUGUUGGUCAGAAAAGAGGAGUGUUUCAUAAUUAUGAUAAAAGUAGUUAUAAUGAUAAUAAUAAUUAUAAUAAUGGUGAUGAUAAUGAUAAUAAUAAUAGUAAUUAUAAUGAAAAUAAUAAUAAUAAUAGUAAUUAUAAUGAAAAUAAUAAUAAUAAUAGUAAUUAUAAUGAAAAUAAUAAUAAUAAUAUUAAUGACAAGAAUAAUAACUUAACAUUUAGAGGCUCAGAGUAAAACACACAAAAGUAUACAAACUGAUUAACCAGUGUCCUUUGUUAAUAUUAAAUGACUAAAAACUUAGAAAUUUGCCUUUGUUAAAAACACAGCAUGAAGAUGAUUUAAAACAACACCUGAAAAUAUCCUAUACUACAGCUACUGUAUAAAUAACAUAAAAGAAGUCUGUAAGUGUAUUGACAAAGAAUUUAAUUACAAGAUAAAGUGAUCUAAAUGCCUAGAACUAUUUUUAAAAUGUUGAAACCCCAAGUUCUUAACGCCAGCCAGAUUUGGUUCGCUCAUGUUGCUCAAGGUGACUUUUUGAUUGAAUUUUCAAGAAUUAGAGUUAGUUAAAACAAGAUUAUAUCUCACGAGUCGGGGAAAGAAUUCCAAUUUUAGUUUUUUUUUAUUAAUUUUUGAGUUGUGUAUAUUCAAACGGGACACUUGCGUCAUCAUUAUAACAAUGUUUAUUUGUUUAGGUGUAUUAUGCCAAGAAGAAGAAACGCAAGGAGUUGGAGAAGAAUGAUGAAGGCGGCCACAAAAAAGAGCCUCGACUGCACAAUGAUGGCUAUGACGAUGAAAACUUUGAUUACAUCAUUAAAACAGGGGAGAAGUGGUUUGAUCGCUAUGAGAUUGAGUCUCUCAUAGGAAAAGGCUCAUUUGGCCAGGUAAAAUAUAAAUUUUUUUUUUCUGUUUUUUUUCUCUAAUUUACGCAUGUGUAAAUCACAAUCAGCACUUUAGUAAUAAUAUAUUUACUUAUGUAAAGGUGAUUGUUUUGUUAUUUUUCAACACGACUGGCAUGCAGAAUAUUUAUUUUAAUUUUCUUGAUUAUUUUUUGUAUUUUUCUUGUGAAUGUUUACAGUAGAGUGAUUUGCCCAAGUUAGGAGAAGUUGAAAGGCAAUCAGAAUUAGCUUUUAGGGUGGAAAGAUUCCAACUUCAGUAUUACAAUUACACAAAAUUUGAUGAAAAUAGAGACUAAUUUUUUGCCCUAUUCAGGCUGACUCACAAACAGCCCAAAUAUUUUUUGGGGGGUUAGAAUUUGGAUGAAUUAAUAGUCAGCAUUUUUAAGUGUUUUUCUGUGAUAUGUAAAUGUGCAAAUGCUUAGGGUUUUCCCCUGCAAUUUCCAACUUAAUAUUUAACAUAUAUGUGAGCAGAAUAUUUGAGUAAAUUGUGGAGCUUCAAUUUUUUUUCCAAUAUAUACAACCAUGUAAUUUCUUUGUUUCUACUGAAGCAGUAGAAUUUAUGUCAUGUUUUCAAUAUUUGAAAUAACUUUUCAUUUUCAUGUUUUUAACCCUGAAUGAAAGUUAGAGUAUCUAGUAAACAUAACAAAGUGUUGAUUUCAUUUAUUAUUCUCUUACUGGUAUGUUGCAUUAAACAGAAAAAAAAACAAGAAAAAAAAGCACAUGAUUAAAAAAAACCCAACAUUAGGGUAAAAAUCGAAUAAAGGGGGUAAGUUUCUGAAGAAACUGGUGGCGUGACAGUGGGGGUUUUAAUAGAAUAAUUUUGUUUUAUCAACUGAUUUGAUGAUUUAAAUCGGGCACCCUAAAAAGUUUCUUAAGCUGAGCGUUAGCACUUCGUAAGAGCGAAGAUAGUUAUGGAAGUAGAUUCGCUCUGACGAAGGGCUACGCUUGAGACGUCGGCUUGGGAACUCUACGGUGGCCAAUUGGGAUUAUCGGGUCAUAACCAGGCUAGUUAUUUGUUGUCGUUGUUUUCUUUCCCAAUUUGAAAGCAUACAGGCUUCUUUGGUCAUAGCACACCUUUAAAUAUUGUUUCUUUGUGAGUUGAUCUUGUACUUUUGCUAUAACAAAAAUGUAUUUCUAUUUUAUUGCGUUUAGUUUCUUGUUCAGAGUGGGCAGUAAACUUAGUUGACGGUGUUUUCUUCAAUUUUUUUUUAAAUUCCUUCUAGGUGUGCAAAGCGUAUGAUCAUCAGGAAAACGAAUACAUCGCUAUAAAGAUAAUCAAAAACAAGAAGCCAUUUUUGAAUCAAGCUCAGAUAGAAGUUCGUUUGUUGGAGCUAAUGAACUCACACGAUCCAGAUGGAAAAUACUACAUCGGUAAGAGUAACCAGGAAACAACCAAUCAGUUGUAAGAAAAAUAUCACAAUGAGCCAAUGAAAACUCGCCAUAAUAAAACAUGCAGACGGACUCAAGCGCGGGAAAACGCGUGUGACCAACCUCUUGAUCAAUUCAGGUUCCACAAAUGAUUGGUUGAGAGCUUGGUGCAGCAAAACAAUGACAUCACAAUAAGCUAAUUAAACUUGCAUGCAAACUUACCUGCAAACUGUUGCAUUUCGAUCAUAAAGAUGCAUUUGGAGUAGGUUGACUUAGAACAAAGUCGAUAUGUGUGCUCGGUAGUCUUCGGGGAUAGUCUGUUUAAGUUUGCUAAAUAGGAGUUUCAGUGGAUGAAUAUGGUGAAACUUUCAAAAUUUUGAAAAAUAUCGCCAUUUUUAUUUAUAUCUACGUCGCUAUGGAUACAUAAGCUCAGUGACAUGCGCAGACGUUAUUCAGCUUUGUCACGAGUGAAAACAUUUAAAAUUGCAAUACGAUUGUGUGACGCAAAACCAAAAGUAAAUGAUCGCUAUGGCCAAUCAGAACGAAGGACAGUAUCAAGAGCAAACUAUACCAAGCGCGGGAAAGCGCGAAUUUUUUAGUUCUGCAUCUGAUUGGUUGAGAGAUAAACGCUAGCUUGCUUAACCAAUCACAGAGCAGAGUUGGCAAAACCAAUAUGAUGGUGGAUUACUCUGGCUGCUCAAUGUACCCCUUUCUUACUAUGAUCAAUCAAAGGAAUUUCUCCAUACGAAAUCAAUGAAAUUCUCUAGCAGUCACUGAUGAGAACAACUGAAAAUAUCAACGAGGGAAUAGCAUUCAAAUUCACACGUCUUAUACUUCUUAAAGCGAUAGUUAGUAACAAAUGUAUGGUAAACUACUGCCACUAGGGUUUAACUCUUUGACCCCUAAGAGUGACUAACAUCUAAUUUCUCCUUACAAUAUCACCCCUAAAUCACACAUUGGGGCCAUGAGAAUGAAGGAAAUGAUCAGCAACUAAAGAAUUUCUUGAUUUUUAAACAAGUUCUCCUCUGUAACACCAUAGGCAAGUUAUAUAGGACAGUAUGGAGAAUAUACAUACUGAUGUUAUAGUGUAAAGGGUUAACACCUGCAUAAGACACAGAAGGGAGAUUUCAGCUUGCUUUUACUGAAAUACACUUCUACUUCAUUGAUUUUGUUCAUUUGAUCUCUCUCAACAGUGCGGCUUAAGAGACACUUUAUGUACAGGAAUCAUUUGUGCUUAGUGUUCGAACUGUUAUCGUACAAUUUGUACGACUUGCUACGAAACACGAACUUUAGAGGAGUGUCAUUGAAUUUGACGAGGAAAUUCGCACAGCAGAUGUGCACCGCGUUACUGUACUUGUCAACGCCUGAACUAAAUAUUAUUCACUGCGAUUUGAAACCUGAGAACAUUUUGUUGUGCAAUCCUAAAAGAAGUGCCAUCAAGAUUGUGGAUUUUGGAAGUUCAUGUCAGCUUGGGCAAAGGGUAAGAACGGUAUCUUUGGUUUGUUCCGUUUGUUUUGAUAAUUUUUAUAAAAUAAUUUUUUGCGUUUUUCCAAUUAUGUAAUUAUUGACAGCACAUUUUGGUAGCAGUGAAAAGCGCGGGAAAAAAUCAUGAAAGCGAUAUUAGGGUUAUUUUCUUUGCCGCUGAUUGGUGGCAAAGUCAAAUUCUUUAUUAUUAUUGGUUGAGACGUGCUGCGGGGUUAAGUUUGAGACAAACCGCCUGUGAAAAGCACAGGGAAAAAUCUCUUUUUUAAUCAUGUAGUUUUUGACAGAAUAUUUAGAUGGCAGGGACAUGUGCGGGAAAAAAACGUGAAAUUGAUAUUAGGGUUAUUUUCUUUGCUGCUGAUGGCAGCAAAGACAGAUUCUUUAUGCUUAUUGGUUGAGACGUACUGCGGGGUAAAGGUUGAGACAAACCGCUGGUGAAAAGCGCGGGAAGAAUUGCGAAAGCUUGUUGACGAUUAUCUUUGAGGCUGACUGGGUGCUGUCAGAUUUUCUCAUCAAAUUGGUUGAGACACAUUGCGUGUUGCUUUUUAUCGUAGCGAGCACGGGAAACGUUGCUUACACCAAAUUAUUUUUAGUGACCUGAUUGGCUGAACAGGCGACAUCUACACUCGCAUAUUUUACAAAAGUUGUGUUGAAGUCUCGUCCAGGGAAAGCCCUCGGACUUGAAAUGGUGUUAACGGUGUUCUUACAGGAAAGGGAUGUGAUGGCUGUCAAUAAUUGAGUCAUAUCGAAUAUGCACCACGCUUGCUAGCACUUAUCAAUCGUUUUGCAGCAGGAAGGUAACGCUCCAUCUCGAUUUCCAACACAUCAUCCGACUUCAGUGCAUUAUGCCCUCUCUUUCUGGAUGGAAAGCCCGUCCAUUUGUAAGUUACGCUCCCUUUCCUCCCCCCCAUCCCCACUCACCCACCUCCUUUUCACUAAGCUUUUUGACAUGUUUUCCUGUUAGCUCGCUGGAACACAGGCUCUAUGGUUGAGAGAAGCGCCGUGAGAGUGAAGUGUUUUGCCUUUAGUAAACUCUCAGAUUGAAGUCUGAUUGUCGAUGUUAUUUGUUUUGCUUUUAUGGACUCGUCAAUCGACUGGUGGAUAUUUUGUUUUUAAGUCUACUUGAUUGCAUUGGCAAAGUGAUUGUUUUCGAAUUUCGCUAGAGAUCUGUUGGAAAGGUCAAGGAAAACCGAACUGAACACAAAAUAAACAACUUCGAUCUUUCUAAAGCAUAUAUUUUUUUGUGCGAAUGUUAUUCAGUCAACGGAUUAGUGCAGUUUGUAUUCUAUUAAGAUGAAAUCUACAAGUAUCUUCUGUUACGUGUGAAAUUUUGCUCAAGCUCUUUUGUUGACAACUGUGGGUGCAAUGUUAUGAAAUUUCGAUGUUUGACGUUUCAGAGUCUGUAAUGUUGAGGUUUUCAUCCUAAUAUCAAUUAAUUUGUCGGAAAUUGACUGGUGCUUAUUGAUUCUCGAGGGCUCUUAGUGUAUAGCCGAACAAUUUAAACAGAAAAGAAAAAAUGUGGCUUUCCUAUUGUCCUAAAAGCCUUGCAGCUAGAGAAAACACACCCGCGCGUAGCAGUGUUCAUUGUGAUAUCAGAGUGAAUAUUCUCCACACUUCAACGCGUUUGACGAUGACAGCCGAUUCAUAAUGAAUUAGGGGAACAAAGGCAAGCAACAAUACUUCUCAGAAGUACCGACAUAAUACGAAUUAAUAUUUAAACAACUGUUGGUGAACACGGACCAAUCACAGCGCGUUGUCUUGUGCAAACAGAGCCGUGUGGUAAUUGAAAAGUGUCUAGGAAGUAUGCAAAUCAACUCUGCUGAAUAAAACUUGCCUCCUACACCACACAUUUUACAUUAUUGAUUAAAAGCAAGGUGUUUUGAGGUAAUUUCUGUCAUUUCCAUUUCUUGAAGUUCUAGUAUUUAAAGUUUGUUGUGCACGAGACUAGCACGUGUCUUAAAUCUUAAAUGUACACGACAGAAAAAAAAAAAAAACUAAAAAAAAAACAAAACAAAACAACGUCGGAGGAAUAUUUCGCAAUUACGACUUCAGUUAAUUAAUUACACCAAAAAAUAGAUUGUUGAUGCGUCUUUGUCGUUCUCGAGCCAUCGAUUGUGUUUAAAUUGCCUCAACGUAAUAGUUUCCUUUUCAAAAUCUUUCAGAAGCCCUUUCAAAUCACGAAAUGACUGCAAUUAAAAGUGAAAAUUCCCUCCGGGCUUUUCGACGAGGCCAGACUUUCUGGCGACAAUAUUUAGCAGGUGGAAGCGAAAUGCUGGCCUAAUAUCAAUUUUUUGUUAGUUAAAAGAUAACCUCUAUACUUCCAACCUUACCGCUGUAAUGGACUGUAAAGACCUCAGUUAAAAUUUUAUUCAAUUCAGUUUUCCUUUGAAAAAUGAAUCAGGCUUAUUCUUGGUAACAGCAGUUUCCGUGCGGGCAUAACUUUCCCGCAGUUAAGACUUCCUUUGGAAUCAAGGCGGAAGAAAACUUUGACAGAUAGUUUUAACUUAUAAAUUGAAACGUUUUUGACCAGAAGACAUGGACUUCCUGCUGUCAUCGUUAUUAAUAGAUUUUUGUUUGAAAUUCUGUCGUACUUUUAUCCAUCUUUCCUCUUCUCAUAAACAUUUUACGUCAAUUAUUCGAAUCUCAAAGCAACUAAGCCCUUUUUCCGACUUUUCUGUCAAAAUGCCCACGGUUAGCAACGUUUUAAUCAUAAUGUUAUAUAUUUAUGUUUAUUUAUUCGUUCAUUGAUGAUUAUUUUUUUGCGUCUGACAUAGCGCGGCAAAUACGAAUAUAUUUUUAGUGUAAACUCUGUAAGAUCUUAGUUGAUCAGCGUUUACUGUUAUGAUUGCGUUUGCAAGCUUCGUGCGUCUCGCAUUUCGUCAACGCGCUUUGCACUUCUCAGGGACCGGUCGUUAUGUGUUGCCUGAUUUUUUUUUUUUUUUUUUUUUUUGGGGGGAAAGGGUCGAAGGAUUUUGUUUGUGCUACUAUAAAAUUGAGCUGAUCCCCCUCUAAGGCUCAUUAUAUUCCAAUGAUCCUUUAGUUCACGUCCAUUUCCCUAUGAUGCUCGAUUUCCUCUCGCGCUUUUUUCGUGUUCCAUGUUUGUGGGUUUUCAUUUUGGCUUUAAUUCUUAAUUCUUAAUUCUUAAUUCUUAAUUCUUACGCAGAUUUACCAAUACAUCCAAAGUCGGUUUUACCGUUCACCGGAAGUACUUCUAGGCGUGCCUUACGAUCUUGCAAUUGACAUGUGGAGUUUGGGAUGUAUUUUGGUCGAAAUGCACACCGGAGAACCACUCUUCAGUGGGGCAAACGAGGUGAAUGAAUGAUUGUUUUUUUCUAAGUAACAACUAUUACUCUCACGCAAAUGUGAAUAGUUAUUGUCCAUGACGUCAAAAAUUAAAUUUUUUCCGUUGUACUUUUAGUUUGAAAUAUCCAUUACGUCCUUAUUCUCAUAGUUAUGCUGUCUUUCUUCUUCAGUUUGAUCAAAUGAUGAAAGUUGUCGAGGUUUUAGGCAUUCCUCCAAAUCACAUGUUGGAAAGUGCGCCUAAAGCUAGGAAGUUUUUCGAUCGCUUACCAGAUGGUACAUACGCUUGUAAAUCUAGCAAGGACGGUAAAAAGGUAAGACAAUCUGUAAAUAUACUAGAGACAGAAAAUUAGUAGCAGCUUUCCCCACUGCUCCACCUUCCAUCUUUUACCUCCCCUUCUUUUCAACCCCCUCACGUUUUCCCUCUCCCUUCUCCUAUCUCUCACAUGCACACACACACACCCCCCCCCCGUCCCUUCUUGCUUCCCUUUGUCCUUCCUAUCACCCUCCCUCCCACGGUCUCUCCUUGUUUUGUUUCCUUUCUCUCUCCAUCGUUCCCUUUAUACGUUUUUCCCUUUCCGCCAUCUCUCUUUCCCCGUUCCCGCCCUGUUUAUCUCCCCUCUCUUUCUCUUCCUUCCUCGCUCCUUACACGCCAAGUGAAGGAACUUGACGUAUUCUAAAAUUUUGCCAUGACCAUGUAAAUUGUGGAACUCAUUGAGUUUACGACCUGUAUUCCAAAGGUAUUUUAAUGGUUGGAGAAGGAAGUCGCCUAUCCAUAGAUGGCAGUAUAUAUGUCCUUUGCCUUUUCAGAAACAUUUGCUUAAGCGUUUUGUUUCCUUUACCUAAGGAAUACCGACCGCCGGGAACAAGGAAACUACACGAUAUUUUGGGAUGCGAGAAAGGCGGACCGGGCGGCAGAAGACAAGGAGAAUCUGGACAUUCACUUCAAGAUUAUUUAAAAUUAAAGGACCUUGUUUUGCGCAUGCUUGAAUAUGACCCGAAAGCUCGAAUAGCGCCGUACCAAGCUUUGCAACAUUGCUUCUUCAAAAAGACUGCUGACGAAAGCACAAACACCUCGCAUUCAGCGAAUUCUUCUCCCGCCUUGGGAGGUACGACGAAUAGAACUUCAAGCACAACCAGCACUGCGGUGUCCAGCAGUGGCACACGCGCAUGCUCCGACCCUACUGUGCACGCGACUGUGACGUCAUCUGCCAUGGAAUGCGACAGCCCAAGUGGAAAAGGACCACAGACAUGGGGCAAUGGGGGCGGAGGGAUGUCAUCGCAAUUUAAAAGAACUAAUGAGAGAACUUGUAAUAAUUCCGAUUCGAGAAUCGCUGGACAAGGAAUUCAACAAACUGCGACGUUGCCAGGGGCUCGCAGUGAAGGCUCGUCAGCCUACAGCUCCGCCUCAAUUAACACAUCUCUUCACAGCGGCGAGGCAGGACGAAGCCAGGGACGAGACUUCGGUGUCAGUGGAGGAGUAUAUUGCAGCUCAGAAACUGUUUCUAAUUACUCGUCGUCUUCAUCUUGCAAUUCAAUGACUGUUGAGCCUCAUGGAUCAGCUGUGGGUAGCUCUCUCCCCCCGGAAGCGUUUACGCAACUCAACUACUCUGCAACGAACUUGUCACUUAAUCCGGGGGAACAUGAAGUCAAUUGCGUGGGAUCAUCCACCACAGUUCCUAAUUCGGUGACUAAUCCGCGGGGGAUUUCAGUGGGACACCGGAGGGAUUUUGUACGGCAGCAUUCACCGGGAGACGAAUCCCCUAUGGUUGGGGUUUGCGUUCAACAAAGUCCGGUGGUUAGCAAUUAGGGAUCCCGAAAAAAACCUGGCAGUCGAUGACAUACGCGGCGACGACGCCCACCCGCCUGGUUCUGCUCUGUUCCGCUGCCCUCUGCCCCAUAAAUUUGCGGGCAAUGUUCCUCCGGUAGGAAUAUGUGGGCCGUUUUCUUCUGUACACCGUAAGUUGCCUGUAUAAGGGGGAAAUUCCCCUCCUUGGCGGAACAAGGGGCAUAGAAUACCGGGUUUUCGACUACGGCUGUCCCGCCCCCUUUGAUGCCUCCAAACCUCCAAAAAUGGCGUCAACGCCGUACAGUGUUCUAAAAAUGCGCAUGCGCUUGCGAUGCCAGCCGCUUAAUUCUUAUCUCUUGUAUAGACGUGCAGCUACUAGCCCGUGCGCGCAUGCCUUUUGACAGCUAGCUGCUGUAGUUUUCGUCUUUUUUCGAUUGCCUUCGGGGGAAAUGCGUCUGAAAUGAUUUUUCGGAUUUGGAAUGGUUAUGUGAGUUUGGGGAGAGUGUUUUAACGUUUUGUCUAUUCCUUUCGAUGAUUAUAACACUCCUCAACACGACAUGAAUUUUUCCAACGUUCAGAGUGAAGCUUGACUGUUUUAAAACAGAAAAUUUGUCAUACCUGGAGAAUUUGUUGUUGUCUUGGAACUUCAUUUGAAACUUGUUCGACUCUAGGGAUUUGUUUAGUCUUGGAUGACAUUUUUGACCAAAUUAAUUUGCUUCACAUUUUACCGUUGAUGUUCGUAUUGUUUUGAUGUGCUCAAGUUUUUAACAGCUGCCAAGUCAUUGGUGAUUGAAAGAGUCAUCCUUUUUUUUGCCAAGCUUCGAUGAUGCGCAAAGAUGAUCUUUUGUCAUUUGUUUUUAUUCUGUUUGGACUCAAAUAUUCGUCCAUUUGCUACCUUUUAAAACUUUGUUUUUAUUUGAUCAUUUUUUUACCUGGCAAGAGAAAUCUUGUGUGACAACUCGCAAGUCUUGGGAAUUUUUUGGUGUUCAUCUUAGGCCAGUCUGUCAAAAUACGGUUAACUUAUUGGGAGUCUGUUCGUGUCACGUUUUCGAAGCUGUGUUCUCAACCAAAAAAUUUUGGUUUUGUAGCCACGUAGCAAAAUAACACUAUGUAAUACUGAAGUCGCACAGAAUCGUGAUCAGCCCUUAUAAACAGCAUCGGAAUAUAUUAUUUUAGUCUCGAUUUACCAUAUUUUAUUGAUAAUAUUUCAUGUAACUUAUUUAUUUAUUUUAGUGGCUCUAGGACCGGCAUGAAAACGUUCGAUGCGAACAGACCUCG